CAACAGUCGGCAACAACACCCGGAUUCACUCAUCAGUGCGUGCACCGUGAAAACCGCGGGACGCUUCACUUCACGUGCCGAUUCGCCGCUCCCUUCCCGGCAAUUUCUUGUGCGAAACUUCCGUGCGCGUUGCAGAACAUCCAGCGACUUCCAUUCUCUGCUCUCUGCAUCAACACAAUCUAGGUCAUUCGCCUCGAGCUCGCAACGAUUGCGCUCGCACAAGCGCCUCACAUCUACGCCCUUCCGCCGGACACCCUGUUUUCAUAGGAACAAAGACGACAUCUUAUCACUGCAUAAUCCGAUCAGGAUAUACAAUAGCUGCGAACAGGAUCAUAACACCAAGCAAAAGGCGUAGGCGCAUCUCUCAUCCACCGUGGGCGAGUAAGGAGAAGUCGGUGUAGACACAGGGCCUUCGCGACCGCAACAUAACCCGACCACGUGCUGAACUUGGCAUCACGUCUGUGACGGAUAAUCGAAGCGCAGUAGCUCGUGCAGAACUAUCUUGCUGACCGCCAUCGACAUCAAUAGCCUGUAGGCUGGGUGAGGAAGCUGUAGAGCGUAGCUCGUGUCAGAUCGUCCGCCAAAGAGCGUAGACUAGGCCGCCAAUCACACCAUGGCGCAGUCGACUGUAAAUGAUCUUGACAACCUCCUUGCGUCUUUGAACCAGCUGAAGGCACCUGGAGCAAGCAAAAACAAGAUCCAGACAAUCACAGCACUCAGCGUCAGCAACAUCCAGUCGGAGUCUUCCAUUGUGCAGUCAUUUUAUCGCGCGUUGAAAAAAGCACCACCCACUCAUAAGCUUGGUGCCCUCUAUGUCAUUGAUAGCGUCGUCCGACAAUGGAUCGAGAAAGCCAAAGCCGCUGGACAGGAACUGCAGUUUGAGGGUCGCGGAGAGCCAGGCACCUAUCCUGCAGCCGUGAAGCGCGUGACGGAGCUGAUGCCAGCACUGUUCGACGAUAUCACAAAGGAUUUGCCCGUGGAUCAGAAGCCAAAGCUUGAGAAUAUGGUCGCCAUUUGGGAACGUGGCAACACCUUUCCCAUCAAGCUGUUGCAAGACUUCAAGUCUAAGCUUAGCAGUGACUCCAGUCGCGAGGAAGCCGGACGUAAUGCUAUUGCAACACACUCGGCUGCUACUCAACAGUCGUCAGGUGAGAAAUUCAUGGCUCCACGUCCUACUAGACCGUGCCUCACGCCCGUUGGAUAUCCUCCGCAACACUUGUUCGAUCGAGGACUUAUGCCAGGAAGAAAUCGAUCAGGCCCAGCCAAUGGUGCACCACCAUCAUCCGUGCCAUCUACUGCAGAUCCUCGUCGGCAGCCACAACCGCCCGCUCCGCCGGCUCCUGCGCAGCAAACGCCUCAGGCAGAUAUCAAUGACAUCCUGGCCGCGUUGUCCAAAGCUGCAGCUGCAGCACCUGCAGCACCACCUCCGCCGCAACAACAGCAGCAGAAUCAGCACCAGCACCAGCAGCAGCCACCGCAAAUGCAACCGCAGUCGCAGCAACAAGCGUACAACGCGCCCGCACCACCACCUCCGACUGCACAAAUCCCGCCGAACAUCGCCGCUCUCCUUGGCCAGCAGGGAUUGCCGCCACCUCAGGCAUUCCAGCAGCAGAUGCCCCAGUUCCCUCCCUAUGGAUUUUCUGCACCGCCAUCUGCACCUCCCAUGGGCACCCCAGUGUACGCGCCACCUCCGCCACAACACUUCCAGGCCUACCCACAGCAAUAUCCACCGCAGCCUCCAUCUGUUCCACAAUCGUACUCUAUUGCGCCCCCUCCUCAACAAGCACCUCCGCCGGCCGAUCCACUGGCGCCACUUCGCGGACUGCUGCCAGAGAAUAUAUUGAAUGACCGUGAAAAGCUUGUUCCUGCGCUCCAGCUGUUGCAGGAUCUGCAGAAAGAAGGAAUUCCUCCCGAGAAAUGGGGUCCGGUUCUUGAAGCCUUCGAGCAGCAAUAUGCGCCAGCAGUUCCCUCUUACGGUGCACAAGGCGACUAUGGUAAUGCUAGAGGCCGUAGUCGGAGUCCAGAGCGAGGCCGUGGCGGCAGAGGCAGCCCGGUUUACGGUACAUACGAUGCAAAUGCCGCAAAGCAGAACGACGGCGGGCGCAAUGGAGGGGGCCGUGGGCGGUACAGACAACGAUCUCCCAUCCGCAACAGCCCGGGAACCGCAAAUGGACGACCAAUGCAGCCCAAGAACAUCCAAUACGACCCAUCCUUGCCGCCAGACAACAUCAAGGUGCUAUCACGUACCUUGUUCGUUGGGGGUGCAAAUGGUACUCAACAAGAGAUUCAGGAAGUUUUUGAGCGUUUCGGCCGCGUGCAAACAUGCAUUGCCAACCGCGACAAGCGCCACGCCUUUGUCAAGAUGACCACACGUGCAUAUGCAUUGGUCGCCAAGCAAGGUAUGGAAGACUUGCAGAAUCGAAAUGAUCGGGAAGUCAUGAAUGUUGCGCGUCAGACCAAGUGGGGUGUUGGUUUUGGUCCACGCGAAUGCUGUGACUACCAGCGUGGCGAGAGCAUCAUUCCAAUCCACAAGUUGACUGAUGCCGACCACAAGUGGCUACUUACUGCCGAGUAUGGUGGCACAGGAGGCAAGCCGUUGGAGGGAGGAAUGGUGCUGGAAGAGCCUGAUAUCGAGAUUGGUGCUGGAGUCAGCAGCAAGGCUAUGAGCAAGCGCGUUGGGCCUGACCACAACCCGCAGCCUAAGCAUCACAAGGAAGGCGGUCACGGCCGUGGGCGCCACGGCAGAAAACACCAUCAACACAACGAUCGAGACAACCAAUAUGGAGGAGGAUACAGUGGCGUAUCUGGCGGACCGCCAGCCAUCGACUACGGUGCCAUUGCUAGGCCGGAACCAGUCGCCGUGGCCACGCCACCAGCAGUCCCAGGAUUCGGAUUCAGCUUUGCACCGCAGGCCAACAAUCAGAACCCUUACCGCUAAAGAGAUUGUUCAUUGAGGUGAUCUGCAUAUCGACGCUGAGAGAUCUCUGAAGUUGUAUCAAAAUGGUCCAGCACCGCUGGGCAGAAAGUUUUUGUUUUGAGCGAUGAGGAAGGAGGCAUAAUCAUAUGACAUGAUUCUACGCGUGUAACAGUACGUGUAAGCAUAGCGUGGGAGAUGGGUUGCAUUAGUUCUGGCAUCCGUCUGCUUCUAACUGUAUCUACUUGUUGCAUCAGUCAACCUGAUGAAAUGUCGAGUCUUUCCAAC